CAGGCGGGGCGGCAAGGCGGCUUCGGAGGCUAAAGGUCCUUCUCGCGGAUCGCGGCAGCAGUCGUGGUGGUGGGAGUCUACUUCGGCGUCGAGAUGCCGGCAGUGUCGAAGGGGGAUGGGAUGCGGGGCCUGGCCGUCUUCAUCUCGGACAUCAGGAACUGUAAAAGCAAAGAAGCUGAGAUUAAAAGAAUAAACAAAGAACUGGCAAAUAUUCGAUCCAAAUUUAAAGGUGAUAAAGCCCUUGAUGGUUACAGUAAGAAGAAGUACGUCUGCAAGCUGCUUUUCAUUUUUCUCCUGGGGCAUGAUAUUGAUUUCGGCCACAUGGAGGCUGUGAAUCUCCUGAGUUCAAACAAAUAUACAGAGAAACAAAUUGGUUAUUUGUUUAUCUCCGUACUUGUGAAUUCAAACAGUGAGUUGAUACGCCUGAUAAACAAUGCAAUCAAGAAUGAUUUAGCCAGCCGGAACCCUACUUUCAUGGGACUAGCUUUGCACUGCAUUGCCAAUGUGGGUAGCAGAGAGAUGGCUGAAGCAUUUGCGGGAGAAAUUCCAAAAAUACUGGUCGCUGGAGACACCAUGGAUAGUGUGAAGCAAAGUGCAGCCCUGUGCUUGCUACGAUUAUAUAGAACAUCUCCUGAUCUGGUGCCAAUGGGAGACUGGACAUCAAGAGUUGUGCACCUUCUCAAUGACCAGCAUCUGGGUGUGGUUACAGCUGCUACCAGUUUGAUCACUACUCUGGCCCAAAAGAAUCCAGAUGAAUUUAAAACCUCAAUAUCUUUGGCUGUUUCCAGGCUCAGUAGGAUUGUGACAUCAGCAUCCACUGAUCUCCAGGAUUAUACUUACUAUUUUGUCCCUGCUCCAUGGCUGUCUGUAAAGCUUCUGAGAUUGUUACAGUGCUAUCCUCCACCAGAAGACCCUUCUGUACGAGGUCGUCUCACAGAGUGUCUGGAAACUAUCCUCAACAAAGCUCAAGAACCUCCAAAAUCAAAGAAAGUACAGCAUUCAAAUGCAAAGAACGCCGUACUGUUUGAGGCGAUCAGUUUAAUUAUCCACCAUGACAGUGAGCCAAAUCUGCUUGUGCGUGCCUGUAAUCAGCUAGGCCAAUUUUUGCAGCACCGGGAAACUAAUCUUCGUUACUUAGCACUGGAAAGCAUGUGCACGCUUGCCAGCUCUGAAUUUUCACACGAGGCUGUGAAAACACACAUAGAAACAGUUAUCAAUGCAUUGAAGACAGAGAGAGAUGUAAGUGUACGACAGAGAGCGGUGGAUCUCCUGUAUGCCAUGUGUGACCGAAGCAACGCCCAGCAAAUUGUAGCUGAAAUGUUGAAUUAUCUGGAAACAGCUGAUUAUUCUAUUAGAGAAGAAAUUGUACUCAAAGUUGCAAUUCUGGCUGAGAAAUAUGCAGUAGACUACACCUGGUAUGUGGAUACCAUACUGAAUUUGAUUCGAAUUGCUGGGGACUACGUCAGUGAAGAAGUGUGGUACAGAGUAAUUCAAAUAGUAAUUAACAGAGAUGAUGUGCAAGGAUAUGCUGCAAAGACAGUGUUUGAGGCUCUCCAAGCACCAGCAUGCCAUGAAAACUUGGUCAAAGUGGGUGGCUAUAUCUUGGGAGAAUUUGGAAACUUAAUUGCUGGGGAUCCAAGAUCCAGUCCUCUCAUCCAGUUCAACCUGUUACACUCAAAGUUCCAUCUGUGCAGUGUCCCAACUAGAGCACUGCUUCUAUCUACUUACAUCAAGUUUGUAAAUUUAUUUCCUGAGAUAAAAACUACUGUUCAGGAUGUAUUGCGCAGUGACAGCCAGCUAAAGAAUGCUGAUGUUGAGCUACAGCAGAGAGCCGUGGAGUACUUGAGGCUCAGUACAAUUGCUAGUACUGAUAUUUUGGCAACAGUGCUAGAAGAAAUGCCUCCAUUUCCAGAGAGGGAGUCUUCCAUUCUAGCCAAGCUGAAGAAGAAAAAGGGUCCCAAUACAGUUACCGAUUUAGAAGAGACCAAAAAGGAAAGAAACUCUGAUAUCAAUGGUAGCACUGAUGCCACCCUUGUAAAUGCAAGUACAGCGUCUACUCCAUCUCCUUCAGCAGACCUUUUAGGUCUUGGUGCAGCUGCAGUCACAAAUUCUGUUCCUGCAACAUCGAGUGGUAGCUUGUUGGUGGAUGUGUUUUCAGACACUUCUGCGGCUCCUGCAUCACUUGCUCCUGGUUCUGAAGACAACUUUGCAAGGUUUGUUUGCAAAAACAAUGGAGUCUUGUUUGAGAAUCAGUUGCUACAGAUUGGUCUGAAAUCUGAAUUUCGACAGAACUUAGGUCGGAUGUUCAUAUUUUAUGGCAAUAAAACUUCAACACCAUUUUUAAAUUUUGUUCCAACGUUAAUCUGUUCAGAUGAUCUUCAGUCAAGCCUGAAUCUGCAGACUAAACCUGUUGAUCCCACUGUGGAAGGGGGUGCUCAAGUGCAACAGAUUGUAAAUAUUGAGUGUGUAUCAGACUUCAUGGAAGCGCCAGCCCUAAACAUUCAAUUCAGAUAUGGAGGAACUUUACAAAAUAUCUCCGUGAAGCUACCUAUCACACUGAACAAAUUUUUCCAGCCUACAGAAAUGGCUGCUCAUGACUUCUUCCAGAGAUGGAAACAACUGAGCAACCCUCAACAAGAAGUACAGAAUAUCUUUAAAGCAAACCAUCCAAUGGAUACUGAAAUUACAAAGGCAAAGAUCAUUGGCUUUGGCACAGCUCUUCUAGAAGAAGUGGAUCCGAACCCUGCUAACUUUGUAGGUGCUGGUAUAAUAUACACAAAAUCAAUACAGAUUGGAUGUUUGAUGCGUCUUGAACCCAACCUUCAGGCAGAGAUGUAUCGAUUAACACUGCGAACAAGUAAAGAAACAGUCUCACGGAGAUUAUGCGAAUUGUUGUCAGAACAGUUCUGAAUCUUAACACAAGACCAGCUUUGAUUCUUCAUUUUUGCCCGUAUUCUUGUCCUGCUCCAGAAAUGUCUUGUGCACCAGUGUCUGCAUAAAUAACUGCCAUCUCAUUCACAUUCCUGCCUUAAAGGACUUGUCCCUCUUGUGUGAAUAAAAGAUAUGUAUAAUGUAAAGUUACCUAAAUGUGGAAAAAAAAUGGCUGUUAGAUUUCUGGGGCUAGGAGGCAAGGAGGCAUUGUGUGUGUCAACUCAUCUCUUUCAGGCAUUUUGUCAGAAGCUGGUUUUAUGAUGACUUACUUUGAAUGCGAUUAACAAUGAUCUAAAUGAAAGUUUUUUUCUGGAAAUCCCAGUAUAAAUUGCUAGUAACGUUGUGGUCUCUUUUCCUAUCACUGUAUUGCCCCAGCAGUGCUCAGUAAGGUUCUGCUUGAUGAGACAGCAGUAAUCUUUGUCAGGCUUAGAUGGAUCAACUUUUGAGAAUGUCCAAAAUUCAUCAACUGGGUGUGUAGGGAAGCCGGUGCUGUUGUAAUGAAUCUCACUGGUGUUCCUUUUUCUGUUGGCUUCGGCCCUGAGUACAGUAUGUAGAGGCAUAAGGGUAUUAUUUCACUCUAACCUCAAGCAGUUUGUUUCAAACAGCUUUAAUUCACCCUUCCAUUUCCUCCAAAUUAUGAAUUACCAAACAGUAAAUAUCAAAUGCUGAAAUAUAGUUUGAGAAUUCUUAGGUUCACCAUUUCUACAGCACUCUAGUUAAUUCAUUGUUCACUUGGACUGUAAAUUAAAAAAAAAAAAAUCACAUGGAGCUACACUAAAAUUUUCCUAUAGAAUCUAUGUUUCUAUAUCCCCAGCUGUUGUUGCUGAUAGGCAAUUUCAGUUUAAUAUUUUCAUUAGCAUAUGGAUGGAUCAUAUAAAUACAGAGGUCUAGUAUAUUCAGGUCCUAAAUAAAUCAUUAGCUUUUGAAAGUAUGAUGUCCUGAUAAUUGCUCUUUUGACACCAAAACACUUUCAGAAGUUGGGUGCACUAUUUUCAAAAAGUCUAGCAAUGAUAUGAUCUACUUGGCAUGAGAAAAGUGUUUGUAAUAUAUUAUAGAAGUUCAGCCUGACAUCCUUUUUAACAAGUAGAAAAAAGCAGGUUUCAAUCCUACUUCUCUGAAGGGAUUCUUAAAUGGUUAUUGCAGUCAUUCAGUAAAGCAAGAAAAAAAAAAAGCAAUAGUGUCUCUGCACAUAAAUACCCUUGGGUGUUUGAUCAGGUUUAAAAAAAAAACCUUAUUACAGAACUUUCAUCCAGAUUCCUCUGAUUUGGGUGCUGAAUUACUGUUUUUUGCAAAUUUCUCCAGCCAAAUUUGGUGGGCUCCACUGAACUAGCACAUCUUAAUAAAUGAAAUGGCAUGUAAUUUGCUGAUGUAAUAAAACUAGGAUAACUUUCAGUAUUCCCCUAUCACUGGAGAAAUUCUAAGAGGUAUCAUUAUAACAGACAGAUUAAUGUGUCAUCAUUUUUCACAUGGAACUGGAAACAACCAAAAGGAGAUAAUUGGAACUUGUCAUGUAACUUAUUAAGAAGAUCUGCUAUUUAAUUUUUAAAAGUGCAGAUUUGAAGGCAUUGGGGUUGCACUUAUUUGAUGCUGUGUCAAAGCACUGGUGGUGUUCACUGUACAACUGUACUGAGGAAAUGUGAUUUAUCCAUAAAAAGAUGAAGAUUCCAAAUAGAUGGCCGAUCAGCUGUUCAUAUGAAUUGUGUUUCCCUGAUAGGGAACAGAAAAUUGAAGUACAGGUAUAUACAGUUUAUCUUUAUUGGGAUAAAUUACUUGAUUAGCAAAGUUAUAUAUCAAGCAGAAAUAGUACUUUUUAUGGCUAAAACAGUAUUAGUAAUCCAAGUGCAGUAUUUGUUAUCAACAUGUGAAAGAUUCCUCAACUGGAAGAUGAAAUGCUGUAAACUUAGGCCUACACUCCAGUAUCUAUGUUUAACCAUUUCACUAUAAAAAAAUUAAUUGCAAGCUUAUGUGGUCAACUUCCAUUAUAAGUGUAUAAAAUUGAAAAUACAUACAUCUAAUCAUGUUAUCUUUAGCAGAAAAAAUAAAUGGCUAGAAGAGUAAAACUCAUGUUUCUGCAUUCUCACUUUUAAGAAUUUUCAAUGCAUCUUAGAAAAAAACUUAUUAUUAUUAUUAUUAUUAUUGCAUUUGUACCACUUCUCUGGGACCUUAAGCAGCAUACUAGGAUAUUUUAAUGCGUCUGUUCAAGACCAGUAAUACUAAAUGUAUAAUAUGAUUUAAAAUUUGAAAGCUUACUUAAAUAUUAAGCCAACUUCCUAAUUUGUUUA